AACAUCCUGGACACAACAACGGAGGACUCGCUACUCCCCUCCAGACCACGACGACGAAUAAAUCUACCAGGUCGAUUUAAGGAUUUUGUGUUGAACUAACAUUCACCAUGUUUUUGUUCUAGCCACGACAUAGAAAUAUACUGUGUCAGUGUCAUGAAUCUGCAUUUAACUAUCGUUUACCAUGUUUUAUUCCAGACCCCAAUGACAAGAACAUCUACCGCGUCGAUUUUGACGAUUUUGUGUUUUGUUUUAAUAGUAACCAUACAUUUAUUAUACUUACAGACAGUAAGUCCUAACCUUAACAUUAACAGUACAAAAACAAAAAGAAGAAAAAAAGUGGUUACGCCAGAUAUUAUGUUGGCAACCUUGGUUGGAGUUAUCUCCCUAGGUGUUUUGGGUGAAAGUAAUCGCCCUUGUUUUUCACUCUUCCUUCUCCUUUUGUAUUUGUCAAGUAAAGUUGUGUUUUACUUUCUAAGUUUGUGUUUCCGAUCAGUAACUAUUAGGGUGGCAACUUUUCUCUUAACUGGCGAUUUUAGAUGGUAUUUCCCCGUUUUGAACAACGUGACAGACUCUUUGUUUCACAGUAUUGUAACUUUAUCCAGGAUUAUCAGAAUGGCUGAGGAGAAGGCAAAACGUUUUACUGAGGAUAGUCAUGACGUCAGCGCCGUUGCAUACUUGGCCAAUUACGGAGCUCACCGAGUGGGAAUAUCCAAAGACGAGUCAUGUGACUACUACACUCGCUGGGCCAAAUCAGGGGGGUAUGAAAAAGAUUUGGCGAUUGGGCGUUACAAUGGGCCGGUGUUUGCUGCCCAAGCAGUGGCGGAAUUCUUUCCGCGCGGAAGGAACCUCGUUAGGAUUCUAGACGUGGCCGCAGGAACUGGUUUUGUUGGCGAACAGCUGAAACAGCUAGACUUUACCAACGUCGAUGCGCUUGAACCCUCUGAAGGAAUGGUCGCCGUGGCGAGGAAGAAAAAUGUUUAUAAAAACGUUUACUUGGAUUUCUUAAACGGAACUAAACUGACUAUUCCAGAUGGAAGCUACGACUGCUGUGUGAUAGCAGGCGGCAUGGGUGAAGGUCACAUUCCAUGUUCGGGUCUCCGAGAACUUAUCAGAAUUACCAAACAAGGCGGUCUGGUGUGUAUCGUGAUGCGAGAGGAAUACUUGCAGUAUGUAGAGGAGUACAAAGAUCGACUGGAACCACUCCUACAGAAGUGGGAGGCGGACGGUCUUUGGAAACUAGUGUCCAGAGAGAUCGUGAAGAAAUAUUCCUUCGACAAUAAUGGCGUUGUAUUUAAAUAUUCUGUAUGUUGAAUGACAUUUUAAAAGACUGUGUAUUGUACCGUUUUGUAAACAAAUUAAUUUUGUAUGUGCAAACUGUAUGUGGAAAUAAACUAUGACGCAUCUUA